AUGAAAAUAUAUCUAUUUAUUUUAAUUGCUUUAAUAUUAUUUAUAAAUAACACAAAUUGUAACAAUAAUAAAAUAUCAAAAAAUAUUUAUAAACAUAUAGAUAACAAUAAUGAAAAUAAUAUAAAAUUAUGGGUUUUUUUCAAUUUAAAAAAUAAGAAUCAUACAGAUAUAUUACAGCAACAAAAUAAUAAAAUAAUAUAUAACAAAAUCAAAAAAAUAGCAAACAUUAAAACAGAAUCAAUAAAUAGAAGAAAGAAAAGGUUAAAUAAUAAUAAUAAUAAUAGUAAUAAUAAUAAUUUUAUAGACGAAAAUGAUUUACCAGUUUCAGAUGAAUAUAUAAACGAAGUUUUAAAUUGUAAUAAUAAUAAAGAAACAAUAAUUGAAUUAAAAUAUAAAUCAAAGUGGUUAAAUUCAAUUUCAAUUAAUAUUAAAUCAAAAUCAACAAUAGAACUAAAUAAUAUUUUAGAUUGUAUAAAUAAAAAAUCUUUUGUGGAUCAUAUUGAUCUAGUGAGAAAAUAUAAAAAAAAUAAUCCAAUUGUAUAUAAAGAAUUAAAUAACUACAAUAAUAAUAAUUAUAUCAAUAGUGAUAAUAGUAAUAGUAAUAGUAAUAAUAGUAAUAGUAAUUUAUUAAAAGUAAAUUAUGAUAUAAAUUUUUAUGGUUAUUCAUAUGAUUCAAUUAAACAGGUUGGUAUUGAUCAAUUACAGGCAGAGGGAGACUAUAAUGGAGAUGGUAUUAGAAUUUUGAUUUUAGAUAGUGGUUUUAAUAAGAGUCAUGAAGUUUUUCAAAACAUGAAGAUUGCUGGCGAAUAUAAUUUUGUAGAUAAUAUUGCAGAUACUGGUAAUACAUAUGAUCCUGUAUAUGACGAUCCAUUAAAGCAUGGCACAGCAACAUUAUCGGUUUUGGGUGGUUACAAGCCUGGAGUAUUAGUUGGUGCAGCAUAUAGGGCAAGCUAUUUAUUGGCAAAAACUGAAGAUGUUAGAUCUGAGUCUCCAAUAGAAGAGGAUAAUUUUAUAGCAGCUAUAGAAUGGGGCGAACAAUUAGGAGCAGAUUUAUUAUCAGCAAGUUUAGGUUAUUUAUCAUGGGUAGAUUAUUUUGAUAUGGAUGGUAAAACAAAUAGAAUUACAAAAGUGGCAGAUAUUGCAGUUACAAAGGGCAUGGUUUGUAUUAUUAGUGCUGGUAACGAAGGAGAAACUGGUAUUUCAGAACCAGCCGAUGAUUCGGAUGUAAUUUCAGUCGGUGCAGUGGAUAUUAAAGGUGAUAGAACCUUUUUUUCAUCAGUAGGACCAUCUGCGGAUGGAAGAGUAAAACCAGAUGUUAUGGCUUUGGGAAAAAAUGUAGCUGCAGCAUUUGUACAUUCACAAAAUAACUAUAUGACAUUAGAUGGUACUAGCUUUUCAUGUCCUCUAGUUGCUGGUAUUGCAGCUUUGUUAAUGCAAGCUCAUCCAAAUUGGUCAGCUAAUCAAAUUAAACAAGCUUUAUUAAAAACCUCAUCAAAAAGUUCUAACCCAGAUCAAUAUAUGGGACAUGGAAUUGUAGAUGCAUAUAAAGCCUACAAAUACAACCCAAUUAUUGAAAAUUGUUUCAUUGGUGGGUGUUCUGGUCGUGGUACAUGUUGCUUUGGUGUAUGUAAAUGUGCACCGGCAUAUUAUGGUGUUAAUUGUGAAUAUAAAAGAAUAGAAUGUGGUCAAAGAUGCACUAAUGACUUUGAAUCAGUUUGCCAAAUAAAUAAUUUGGGAAAAUCAUAUACAUGCUUAUCCAAAAACAGUAAAAAUUUAGUUUUUAAUCAAAAUGAUAAUCAAUUACCAAUUUGUAAAAUUUAA